UUUCUACUUGGACAAACACAUACUACUUGGAUAGGCGUAUCUAUUCCAGUAUCAUGUAUUUUAUACAUUUUUAAACAUCAAUGAUCUCUAAAGAAAGAGUAUUCUGAACUUCUUUCAAGUUAUUCGUAUAUAAAAUUCACCAAAACAUGAUCAAAACAUACAUCAUUUUCUCGUUAUUUUUUGGGCUGGCUAUUGAGGCAGCUUUGGCUUUCCCAACUGGACGAAAUAGCGACCUGGAACACAAAAUUGCAAAGAGGAAUUUUGUCCCCAACCGAUUUGACAUUGUUGAUAAUGAAAUAAAACAUGCUAUCCAAAAAGAGGUUCAAAACGCUUUAAGAAAGAAUUUUGUACCAAAUAAUCCUCUUUUGGAAGCGAAUAAAUGGGGAAGAUCGAGUUCUGCUCGGUAUCCAGUAAAUCAACCAACCAUGGUCUAUGGUAUGGAGUAUGAUCAGAUUAAUCCAUCGAGAUCAGAUCCGGGAUAUUUAGUCUUGGAUCUAAAGAAGUUGGCACAAGGCCGUUUAAAAUUUCAUGAACAACAACUUGGUUCCCAAAGAUGGAAAUCGAAGCCAAAAGCAGUUCCAAAACCAAAACAAAAAUAUGCUAAUCCUAACAAUCCAUACCAGCAGCAGUAUUACAAUAAUUAUGGUGCUUAUCAACCAAACAAUCAAUAUGGUUAUCAACCAAACAAUCAAUAUGGUUAUCAACCAAACUAUCAGAAUAAUUAUCAACAACCAACAAAUCCUGGAAUGCAAGCUGCAUCAAGUGUGCCACAAUACGGAAUGCAAGGAUAGGUUAAAGAUUUGUGAAAGUGUGUCGAUACAGUGUUGUCUGCGAUCGCAUGUUAAAAGUCGUUGUGAUUUCUUUGUUUUUUUAACAGGCAUUCCCCUAAUAUUACCACAUUAACACUUUUGAUGUAAAUAUGACGUCAUGGAGACAAUUGAAAACAUUAUUUCACUAGCUGAUAACAGUUAUUUACGUGCAUUUUAUCCAAAUGAAUGUAAAGGAUCGGGUUUUUUGGCAACAGGAAAUAACAUGACCGUUAAGGAUUCGGUGCUAUGAGUGGUGCAUAUGUUGUAGCCUUCACUACCGUUUUGUUAUUAUAAAUUAUUGUUGUUA